AUGGCGAGCAAACGAUCUAAAGCCGCCCCCACUGACGAUGAGUUUGGCGAUCUCUUCGAGGGGAUCGGGGAUGAGAAGACUGUUAAGAAGCCUCCCAAGUCCAAGGCCUCCGGCACUGCUGCCAAGGGGAAGAAGGACGAAACUGAGCAAGACAUCCUCGCGGAACUGGAGAACCAGCUUGUGGACGAGAAGCCGUCGCGACCCCAUACACCCCGCAUCAGAGAGACUGCUCCCAAGGGAUCUCCAGCCAAGCGAACCUCGACCAACACUCCGCCUCCCCAUGCUGACAGACUCUCCGAGGAGAGAUCUCUGAAUGUGGCACGUAAGUCCGGAGAGAGCACCCGAUCAUACCACGCCAGCUUCACUCCCAGUGCCACCAGCUCCGAGCUCCACGAGGCCGAGAAGAAAGGCAGCACCGAACAGGCCGCCGCGGCCUCGGGCGGUGGCGGCUGGUGGGGAAGCAUCCUCACUUCUGCCUCGGCUGCGAUGAAGCAGGCCGAAGCAGCAGUGAAGGAAAUCCAACACAACGAGGAGGCAAAGAGGUGGGCGGACCAGGUCCGCGGUAAUGUUGGCACCUUGAGAGGCUUUGGUGACGAGCUUCGACACCGCGCCCUCCCAACCUUCACGAACAUCCUGCACACCCUCGCUCCGCCGAUCGCCUCCCACGAGCGCCUCCUCAUCCACAUCACGCACGACAUCGUCGGCUAUCCGUCCCUCGACCCGCUCAUCUACAGCGUCUUCAACCGCGUCAUGGCGCAGGUCGAGGGCGGCGACCUCAUGGUCAUCCAGCGCGGCCACGAGUCCACCUUCCGCAGCCCGACGUCGGAGAAGCCGGCCGGAUCCUUCUUCUCGGGCACACAAUCCACCGCCGGCUGGCACGACGGGCCCUGGUGGCGCCAGGCCGACGUGCCGCGCGACCUCGGCCUCGUCAAGGGCCUGACCGAGGGCACCAAGUUGUGUCGCGCCAGCGCCGAGGCCUACGCCAACGACUACUUCGCCUCCCACGGCGGCAUCGAGGGCGCGCGCCACAGGGCCCUGGAGCCGUUCAGCGAGAGCAACCCCGUGCGCACCUCGGAUCUGUUCCUGGCCGUGCAGGCCGUGGGCGUGGACGUGGACGGGGCGCUAUUCGUGGGGAGCACCGUCGACGAGAAGGAGAAGGAGGCGUCGGCCGUGCUGGAGGGCGAGGACGCCGACGAGAUGGUCUGCUUCGCCAUCUACGUCCUGGACCCCGUCCACGAGAUCCAGUAUUCCGCUGUCAGCCAGUCCUUCCCCGCCAAGUGGAUCCGGUGGCUCGACGCCCCGGCCCCGCUGACGCCCGCGAGCGGAGACGAGGGUGACUUACCCGAGGAGGCGGACAGGGUCCCCGAGGAGAUAAGGGAGAUCGUCGACAGCGGCGGGGUUGACCCCCGUGAAUGGGUCGCCGAGUGGGUCGAGGAGGCGCUGAACUUGUCAGUGGGGGUUGUGGCGCAGAGAUAUGUUGCCCGUAGAAUGGGAGUCGGAGAGGGCGGCAUCGGGAAGGGGAAGCAGAAGGUCGAGGCCCUUGUCCAGGAAGGCGGCGGCGAGGCUGCUCGGGCUGGGCUGAUCUGA